CUCAUUCAUGCUCAAGUACGAGGAUCUUGUGCAGUCCGGGGCCUUGUAAAUAGAGGUAAUUCACCCGCUGGAUAGAUCGAAAACAAGGACAGCAAGCUAUUGUUCGAUAAUCUCCCGGCUCCGAUCUUAAUAAGCCUUCUCUUUCUCUGCCUUUUCCGUCUCUUAAUCUCCUUCAAUAACAAUGAGAACUUUUUCGAUAUGUCUUCUAGCUGGGAUGCUACUCGGACGAACCACCCAAGGCCAGCAGCUAAGCUAUAGCGACAGCAUCCAAGCAUUAGCCUUCGGGAAUAUCGCUACUUCCUCCGUGGAAUCCAGGGGCGAUGUCUGGCUUAACAUCACUGGAUUCGCGGGGACAGAACUCCCGCACAUCGAGACAGUGGUGGGAAUCCACUCCUUGGAUAACGCCCGCGAGCUAAAUGUGAUCGCGAAUCUGGCGCAAAGCGCCGCGAGUCAGGCACUCUGGGGCGAUGUCGUGUUUCUGUAUAACGUCUUCUCGAUGAACGCCUAUCCUUCAAACGCCAAUGUCACAAACGCGCAGAUGCAGGCCGGUCUGCUGGACGCUGUGAGCGGCGAUAAUGGGCCAGAAGAGAGUUUGAUCGAGCUCUACGCCAGCACAUCGAGCGCCUCGAGUCUGGGAGCGGCGUACCGCGCACUUACCUCCCAAAACAACAACCAGCAACAGAGCACGGCUACCAUUUCGUCUCCGGUAGCAGCAGAACCCACAUUUACGCCCACUGCUGCCGUUGAUAAGCGCGAGAUGGACUGGUCCCGCAACCAGAUCGUCUGCAGCGCCGCGCACGUUGCUGCGGGUGCCGCUUGUAUUGCAUUGCUUGGACGGGUUCGGGUUGAUGGGAGCUGGAAGACCGGCGGCCCACGCAAUAUCUGCUACAAGGACUGCUGUAUCAGCUGGAGUGCCAAUGCCACCUUCCAGAUAGAGAACCUCUAUAAUGAUGCCCAACGCUGUUAUAAUGCCUGCUUGACCGUGACCGGGGAGGUAAGCUGCGAGGCUUACAAUGGUAGUCUGCAGGGAACCCUUGUCAACCAGUGCUUGAGUAACCGGCCGAAUGGAUGCGCUUAGAUUGGUGCGAGAGCCGUGGGGUUUUAUUUGAAAAAGCGAAGUAAGGAGAGGGUCACGCCAGAGUGGUAGAUAUGCAGUGGAAGGUAGAGCUUAUGACAGCUUGGAAGGCUCAGGAGACUGGGGUGUUGGCCUGACAUAGCAGACAUGAGAUAGCGUUCGCGAUGGAUCAGGGACGGGUGGAUGCCGGAGGAAAUAUGUCACUACUGUAUCUUUUCUAGAUUCGUUAACUAUACAUACAGCACGAAUUUAGAUAGGGGCUUGGUGGAAAUAGCGAGGUAUUGUGAUUUUUUUGGUGUAAUCGUACUGUGUAUUUCGCUGGGUUCGACGUAAUAUUGUCUAAUCG